CGGGCGGUCAGGGCCAAGGCCGCGCUCCCGGGCCGCCCGGAGAGUGGGCGCCGCGCACCCCUGCAUCCCCCGGUGCGCCCGCGCCCGGGCGGUGGGGCCGGACCCUCCCGAGCCGGAGUGCUCCCGGGCCUGGGAUCUUUCCCUCUGGUUCUGCCGGUGACCCCGCUGUCCGGGCCUAACCCCAAGUCGAGGGCGCGCGGGUUAGCGGCCCGCCAGCCGGGGAAAUGUGAUAAGAGCCGUGCCGUUCACAGAAGGCAGUUUCUGAUGCAACUCUCGGCCUCUGCGAUCUCCUCUCCCCACGCCUGCCUGGCGACGGCCCUCGAGCAUGUGCGUUAUGGAAAUGAGGCUUUGGAGUUGGGCACCAUGCUGAGCCCGAGGAGGGGGCUGCGGGGGGCGACGGCCCCGUGACCGGCCGCCGCUUCUCACCUGGGUCCUCUCGGUCCAGCCAGGCGGCCACCAGACACCCAGAGCCCCAGAAAACCCCUGACAGGUGCCGCGGCCCAGUCCACGCGAUUUGAAGACGGCAGGAAGGAACCGAUGGCUUUAGCGGGCGGCCCAGAUUCCUUUCUGCACCAUCCAUACUACCAGGGCCAGGUGGAGCAGACAUCUCCUCGCCGUCCUGGAGAUCUGGCAGGACCCGGCUUCCCAGCGCCGCCCGACCGGCUGGCAAAUCACCAAGAGGACGACGUGGACCUGGAGACGCUGGUGAACGACAUGGACGCGUCCCUGGAGAGCCUGUGCGCGGCCGCGGAGACGGCGCCCCUCCUGCACAAUGGCCAGCAUGCCCGCGGCCGGCCCCCCGGAGCAAGGCCCCUGCAGGGGCAGGUGGCCCCGCGGCAGAGGCUGCAACGGUCCCAGCCCAUGCACAUCCUCGCCGUCAGGCGCCUGCAGCAGGAGGACCAGCAGUUGAGGACGUCGUCUCUGCCGGCCAUCCCCAACCCCUUCCCCGAGCUCUGCGGCCCCGGGAGCCCCCCUGCGCUCACGCCGGGCUCCUUACCUCCUGGCCCGGCUGCUGCGAAGCAGAUCUGCAAGAGGACAAUGAAACUCCUUGCCAUGCAACACGAGGAGGUUACUAAUGAACACCUGAUGGAAUUGGAGGCCCAGAGAAAGGACGAAGAGAGACAAGAGGAAGAAGAAGUAACUGAAGAACAGAAGAUGCAGGAUGUUAAAGUCUUUAGCGAAGACGGGACGAGCAAAGUGGUGGAGAUUCUGGCGGACACGACAGCCAGGGACCUGUGCCAGUUGCUGGUUUACAGAAGUCACUGUGUGGACGACAACAGCUGGACGCUGGUGGAGCACCACCCGCACCUGGGAUUAGAAAGGUGCUUGGAAGACCAUGAACUGGUGGUCCAGGUGGAGAGCACCAUGGCAAGUGAAAGUAAAUUUUUAUUCAGGAAGAAUUAUGCAAAAUAUGAGUUUUUCAAAAAUCCCACGAACUUCUUCCCAGAACAGAUGGUUACCUGGUGCCAGCAGUCAAACGGCAGUCAGACCCAGCUUUUGCAGAACUUUUUAAACUCCAGUAGUUGUCCUGAGAUUCAAGGGUUUUUGCACGUGAAGGAGCUGGGAAGGAAGUCGUGGAAGAAGCUGUACGUGUGUUUGCGGCGAUCCGGCCUCUAUUGCUCCACAAAGGGAGCUUCAAAGGAGCCCAGACACUUGCAGCUGCUGGCCGACCUGGAGGACAGCCGCAUCUUCUCCCUGAUGGCCGGCAGGAAGCAGUACGGUGCCCCCACGGACUACGGCUUCUGCAUAAAGCCAAACAGAGUCAGGAACGAGGCCAAAGAGCUGCGGUUGCUCUGUGCCGAGGACGAGCAGAGCCGGACGUGCUGGAUGACGGCCUUCAGGCUCCUCAAGUAUGGAAUGCUCCUUUACCAGAACUACAGAAUCCCUCAGCAGAGGAAGGCCGUGCUGUCUCCCUUCUCAACUCCAGUGCGCAGUGUCUCUGAGAACUCCCUUGUGGCCAUGGAUUUUUCUGGGCAAACGGGAAGAGUGAUCGAGAACCCGGCUGAGGCUCAGAGUGCAGCCCUGGAAGAAGGCCACGCCUGGAGGAAGCGAAGCACGCGGAUGAAUAUCCUCGGGAGCCAAAGUCCCCUCCACCCUUCCACCCUAAGUACAGUGAUUCACAGGACGCAGCACUGGUUUCACGGCAGGAUCUCCAGGGAGGAGUCGCACCGGAUCAUUAAGCAGCAGGGGCUCGUGGACGGGCUUUUUCUCCUCCGUGACAGCCAGAGUAAUCCAAAGGCAUUUGUCCUCACAUUGUGUCAUCAUCAGAAAAUUAAAAAUUUCCAGAUCUUACCUUGCGAGGAUGACGGGCAGACCUUCUUCAGCCUUGACGACGGGAACACCAAAUUCUCUGACCUGAUCCAGCUUGUUGACUUUUACCAGCUGAACAAAGGGGUCCUGCCUUGCAGACUGAAGCACCACUGCAUCCGCGUAGCCUUAUGACCUCCGGUCUACCCUGGCUGCAGGCUGGAGGACGCUGACACUGGAGUGAAGAGGUCUGUGCAUCGUUCAGAACACACGUCUGUCUGCACCUUGGGGCUCGGAGCAAGAUGGGUGCGUUCGGCGCUGACCGACCACGAUCGACUGGUUUCUUGGACUUGACGAUGAUUUGCUGCUGCAGAUCCAGCAGGGCCGCGCCCCUCUCGCUGGCCUCACCGGGGAGGUCGGAAGACAGCAGACUCGAGAAUAAACUGGAAUGAUGGUCUUGGCUGGGCCAUGGAGGAACACAAGCUGGAGAGAAGUGAUUGGAAAUGAACUCUCGCCCUGGAAUAAUCUUGACAAUUAAAACUGAUAUGUUUACUUUUUUGUAUUGAUCCCUUUUUUGCACUCCUUGUUUUCAAUAUUGUAUUCAGCUUAUGGCAAGAGGGGCCGUGGCUUUUCAGUCUGUGCAAGAUGCAAAGACAGUUGCGAAGGGGCAGCCCCCAGAGGCUGACUGUUUGCAGAGGGUGGUGCCCACCUUCUGCAGGUCACUCCCAGGCAACUGGCACCCCAGCCCUCCCCAGUUUCCUUGGAAGCUUUUUUGAUAUAAAAGGUGUUCCUGUGGUAGGCACGUGGCAUGUUCUGUGACCAGGCAGGCGGCGUGGUCUGCCAGCCCCUGCUCUGAGCACGUGCCCGCACUCAUGCUGUCACCCGACUCCACGGGCUGUGCCCUCCACACUGCGGGUGGCUUGUUCCUUGGAAAACACCACGCAGGGCUGAGUGGCUGCCCGUAGUUGGCCGCAGGCCUGCCUGCCUGAGACACAGUGGGUACCCACCGCCCACCCAUGGUGGACAUCAGGCCGCCUGGCCCAGCUGCAGCCCUUCCAGCCUGUUCUAGGACCAUCACUGCCUUACCCCCUCUGCAGUGGUGCCGGCCUGGCAGGGCCACUCUCCCUCCUCCACUGGAUCAGAGGACCUAAGAGGAAGUGGCACCUGCUUGGUCUGCUUCCGUGUCCAGUGGGUUUCCAUGGCGACAGAGAUGGAGACAUUGGAGAGGGCAGCCCCGCAGCCCAGCAGGGGAAGGUCUUGCUUGGUGGCCUCCAUCCUGCCGACGGCCCCGAGCCAGCCCGUGCAAGGCGGUGGGUGGCUCGUCGGCUGGCCCAGGUCAGGAAUCCCUCACAGCAGUAUUGGCUGAGGACAGGUUACCAAGACAACUCUGCAUCCCACUCCAGGAGCUGAGUCAGACGGUGGCUUGCGUUGUCCCCCCCUCCGCCCUGUCCCCUUAGCCGAGUCUUCCGAUGUGAGGGUAGCCUUGUCUCCGCAGAGCAGGAAAGGCUCCUCUGACAGGCAGGCAGACUGCUUGGUGAAGGACGGUUUCUUUUCCCCAGAUCACGGUUGCCACGCUUCCCUGGCCCCUCUGGCCUGCUGGCCACUGGAUCCCCCGGACACCGCCCGCUGCAGCACUUCCCAAGGGACACACAUGGCUUAGGACACAGUGACACAUACCCGCUGUACCUCAGUCUGUGGUAUAGACACUGUGUGUUAGUUGACUAGCCAUACUCUACUUGUUUUCCAUGAAGCGUCUACUUAGACAAAUGAAGCAUUUUUAGUAAAACAUGUUUUUAACCAUGAAUGCUCAAUUGCGUUGUUUUUUAUGGUUUUUCGCUUUUUUUUUUUUUGGUUUUUCUGUAGCCUGUUAAUCUUUCCAACUGUUGACAAUUAGGUCAUUCUCUAAGUCAUACCUGGCAGCCUGCUUCCAUUGGAGGGACUGAUGCUCCAGUUACACCGUUAGACAUUUUUCUCUUCACCGGUUGGAGGUAAAACCUUUAAAAAACAAAAAUCAAGCACAAAAAAAAAAGACACCUCUCCAAUUUCUUUUUUCUGUUUACAUAGACCAGUCUCCAGCAGUGAGAUGACUCACUCCCCCCUCCAAUAGACAGCUAGUAUCGGCAGUAUUGCAUAUUUAUAAAUAUACGUUUUAUUUAAAAGCAGAACUAAAGCUUGACUCUGACGCACAGUUCUGUGUGUACUUCCUGGCCGCAGUGAACUGUCACGGAGAGUGACCCUCCCAGGGCCCCAGCCACCUCCCUUGUACCGGGCAGCUGGGGAUCCACCUGCAAACAGGCAGCCCCUGCAAGAAGCAGGCGUCCAGCCGGGCCAGCCAGGGGCUGAAGGACAUUCGACUUUUAUUUUUGUAUUUAAAUGACAUGAAUGUAAACGGGACAGCUCAGGGUCGUUUUGGAGCCUGUUGACUUUUUAUCUCUGCCUGUGAUUUUCUGUUCUAAAUGGAAACUCCGUGUAGCAACCUGGUCUGAAUUGAGAAGGAAAACGCCAAAUGCUCUGGGGAUUCACGCUAAGUAGGAGAGCUCUGUGACCUUAUGCGUUAGAGUUCCAGAAUGUUCUUCCGUCUGCUAAACCUUGAAGAAGUAUGUGCCUCCGUCUAGAUGUUUUGUCUUCUCUUUUCUGCACUUAAUACCUGAGGGUUUGACCCAUUGGCACACCUUGGAGGGAGUGGGGCUGGCUCACCGGGGGCCGUGAUGUCACAGUGCCACCUGCAGUGACCGUAGAAUGGCCUGAUGUGUAGGCGUUUUCGGGGAUUGCGGAAGGGAUUAACCGAAGAGACAAAACCUUUAUUCCAUGUGCUUUGUUCCUUUCUGUACAUAGUUCUUCGGCUCAUGAACCUAAUUGUAAACGUUCAGGUAUUUUUGUACAAAUAAGGGACUGAUGUUCUGUUUCUUGUCAUUAGAAAUAAACAUUAAUACAGUGUUCUUCAUUUUC